AACAUUUAUGUCAAAAAGGAGAAAAUGAAUAAUUUAAUUGAUGAAGAACAGCAUUCAUUGAAAUGAAAUAACCAGGCUUUGAUCACAACACAGGAAACUACCACGGCGAAUGCACUGUUUUUUCACUUUACCCCAUUCAUCCUCUAUACACUCCCUCCCCCACCGGCACCGGCAAGUCGCCGUCGGCGGACAUUCUAAAACCCUUCUAGUUUUUAUAUCAAACAUUGCUAUAAAUGAUUCGAUAACGAUUGCUUCACUCACAGAUCUAAUUCAGAAACGCAAUUACUCUGGAGCGAUUUCUCAAUUAACUAAUGGCUGCACAGAAUCAGACUCCGAAUAUGGAUCAAUUCGACGCCUAUUUUAGGCGAGCUGAUUUGGAUCAGGAUGGUCGAAUCAGUGGCCCUGAGGCCGUUGCCUUUCUCAAAGGCUCAAAUUUGCCUCAACCAGUCCUCGCUCAGAUAUGGACAUAUGCUGAUCAAAGUCGUACCGGCUUCCUUAGUCGCCAAGAAUUUUAUAAUGCUCUCAAGCUUGUUACGGUAGCACAAAAACGAGAGCUGACUCCAGAAAUAGUGAAGGCUGCACUAUUCACUCCAGCUUCAGCCAAAAUUCCUGCUCCCCAAAUAAACCUUGCAGCCAUACCAGGUCCUCAACCAACUAAUAAGGUUGGUUCUACAGUUCCUCCAGUUAGUGGUGCUACUCCAACAGCAGCUCAAACUUUUGGCGUUAGGGGUCAACAAGGCUUACCAGCUCAGCAAAGUUAUGUGAGGCCUCUAAGGCCCUCAAAUCCUAGCCCUGGUUUCCAAUCUCAACCAAAUGUUUCCGGUCAAGGAAUGCUAGUUGGAAGUACUAUUGCUGCUUCUCGCCCUCCCAGUUCCACUGAUUUAUUUGUCGGUCAGAUUGGUGGCUCACAAGCAGGUGCCAAUUCCCAAGAUCCUAAUACAAGUGUCAGUUCUAGAAGUCAGGAUGCAUUUGGUCUUGCUGUAUUGACAUCAUCUGCACAACAAACCCAACAAGCAACCAUGUCAUCAGUGCAACCAGAUCUAUCAAAGUCAAAUAAUGCAACUUUGUCGCAUGGUAACCUGCCUGAUGCCAAGGUUCCUAAAGCUAUUUCAGUCGCAGGAAAUGGAUUUCCGUCAGAUUCACUCUUUGGAGAUGUUUUUUCAGUUGCAUCAGUUCAACCAAAGCAAAGCUCCGCACCAACUAUGUCUUCAGCUAGUAGCUUAGCAGUUUCAUCAGCCACAGACCGAGCAUCUAUAGGUUCUCAACCUCCUGUAAAGGCUGACUCAGUUAAUUCGCAGACUACACUUCCUCAGCAUCCGGUACACCAGCAUCAGCAAGCUCAUUUGACCGUUAGACCGAACCAACAGGUCCCAGUGCAGAGUUCUGCUGCAAAUCCUAGUGCAGGUAGAAAUUCUCUUCCUGGUCAACCUCAGCUUCCGUGGCCAAGGAUUACACAGUCUGAUUAUCAAAAGUAUAGCAAAGUAUUUAUGGCAGUGGACACAGAUAGGGAUGGAAAAAUUACUGGCGCAGAGGCACGGAGCUUGUUUCUAAGUUGGAAGCUGCCCCGAGAGGUCUUAAAACAGGUGUGGGAUUUAUCAGAUCAAGAUAAUGACAGCAUGCUUUCUUUGAGGGAAUUCUGCAUUGCACUCUACCUGAUGGAGCGACACAGGGAAGGUCGCUCUCUUCCUUCAGUCCUUCCAGCUAAUCUUAUUUUUGACGAGUCACCAUUGCCUGCUUCUGGCCAGCCUACAGGAUCACAUGGUGCGGCAUCUUGGAGAGACACACCAGGUUUCCAGCAAACACAGGGGCCAAGUGGUGCACGGCAAGCGGCUUUUGGUGCUCCAAGGAGGCCUCCACGUCCAGUACCCAUUCCCCAGCCUGAUGAAACUGUGCAGCCUAGUAAACAGAAGCCUAAAGUUCCAGUAUUGGAGAAGCAUCUGAUUGACCAACUUAGCACAGAGGAACAGGAUUCAUUGAACAUGAAGUUCCAGGAAGCAACUGAUGCAGAGAAGAAGGUCAUGGAACUGGAGAAGGAAAUUUUAGAGGCCAAAGAAAAAAAUCAGUUCUACCAUGCCAAGAUGCAAGAAAUAAUUUUAUACAAAAGCCGAUGCGAUAAUAGACUAAAUGAGAUAAGUGCAAGAACUUCUUCUGACAAAAGAGAGGUUGAAUUACUGGCUAAAAAAUAUGAAGAGAAAUACAAGCAGGCUGGAGAUGUUGCUUCUAAAUUGACAAUUGAGGAGGCCACGUUUCGGGAUAUUCAAGAGAAAAAAAUGGAGCUGUAUAAAACAAUUGUCAAAAUGGAUCAAGAUGGUAAAACUGAUGGUAUCCAGGACCGUGCUAGUAAGAUUCAGGCAGACCUCGAGGGGCUAGUGAAAACUUUGAAUGAACGCUGCAAAACUUAUGGGCUACGGGCCAAACCAACUACUCUGCUUGAGCUUCCAUUUGGUUGGCAACCUGGCAUCCAAGAGGGGGCAGCAGACUGGGAUGGAGAGUGGGAUAAAUUUGACGAUGAAGAAUUCACAUCUGUGAAAGAGCUCACCCUUGACGUACAAAAUGUCAUUGCCCCUCCUAAACCAAAAUCUUCACUGGUUCGGGAGAAAGCAUCUUCUUUGAAUGACCAUGAUACUGGAAAAACAUCUGCUGAUGCUGCCACUGAUGAAAAGUCAGAGAAGUUGCCAAGCCCUGUAAAAGCCAGAGCGAUGAGUGAUGUGGAGACUGCCCAUACAGCAAGAAGUUCAACUAAUAGUCCAACCAGGAGUAAUGCAGUUGAGAGUCUGUCAAGGGAAUUUGAAGAAUCAGUGAAUAGGAAGGACAGUACUUUUGAUGGUUCUCCCCAUGGUGCCCAAAGUGAACACUGGGGAGCUGAAUCUGUGUUCUCUGGGGACAAAAGUUAUGAUGAAUCUGGUUGGGGUACAUUUGAUACAGACCAUGAUGCAGGUGCUGCGUGGGACAUUAAUGCUGCUGCUAAGGAUUCUCGUGAUGAGAAGCACAGGGAAACUUCUCUUUUUGACGACGACGACUGGGGCCUAAGGCCCAUAAAAACAGAAUCCACAAAUUCCAGCAACUCACUCCCGAAGCAAGCCCUAUUUUUCGAUUCUGUUCCAAGCACCCCUAGUUAUAAUACUGGGUUCAGUUACUCAGAGAACCAGUUCCCAAAGAAAAGCCCAUUCUUUGAUUCUGUUCCAAGCACACCAAGUAACAACUCUGGAUUCCCACAGGGAGACAACUUGUUCUCUAGGCGAAGUCCCUUCUUUGAUUCUGUUCCCAGCACACCAGCCUAUAAUGCAGGUGGCUCGCCAGUUGCUGACAACAUGUUCCAGAAAAAGAGUCCAUUUGCCUUUGCGGACUCGGUUCCAAGCACACCUAUGUAUAGCUCUACCAACUCACCUCGAAGAUCCAAUGACAUGUCUGAAGAUCACUUGAACAGCUUUUCCAGAUACGAUUCAUUCAACAUGCACGAUGGUGGCCUCUUUGGUAGUCGUGAGUUUUCAAGAUUUGAUUCCAUGCGCAGCACCAGAGACUCUGAAUACGAUAAUGGUUCAGUUCAGCAGCGUGACUCAUUUGCUCGGUUUGAUUCAUUCCGCAGCACAGCAGACUCUGAUUAUAAUUUUGGAGCCUUUCCAGCUCGCGAGACACUAUCAAGGUUUGAUUCCAUCCGUAGCACUAGGGACACAGAUUAUGGUCAUGGUUUCCCAUCUUUUGAUGAUGCAGAUCCAUUUGGGUCUCAUGAACCAUUUAAGACAUCAGCAGAGAGUCAGACACCAAAGAGAGAUUCUGAUUCUGAUAAUUGGAAAGCAUUUUAAUAUGGUAAUGGAUUUCCUUACUCUGGAUGCGGUCUCUUUCUCUUUUCUUUCUUCCCUUCAUUUAAAACUGUUUUCGGCCAGGUUUUUAGGUUGUAGGGAUAGUGAAUUGGUUGUGAUUAGAUAGUCUUUCUGUGUGGUAUUAUUUCAUUCCUUAAUAUUAUUUCAUUUAGCUGGUAUUUUCUUCUUUUUUUAGCCGUUUUUUUUUUUUUUUUGACCUUUUCCUUUCUCGCAUUAAUUCUUCGAACGUCAAGGUGAACAGAACUUAUGUUGUGUUCACCCAUACCCAUAUUCAAUGUAUAAAAACUUGUAAAAUGGUCUUUUCAUUUUUGUUAACUGCUAUUUGUGAGAUAAUCUAGUCUCGA